UAAUAUCGGAAAUUGUGGGAAAAAUAGAUAUUAAUAUUUUCUCCUUGAAACCUAAGCAAAUUGAAGAUCAAGAUAACACGAGAGGAGUUGACCACUCGAAAGACUGUCCUCUGUUUCACAGAAGCGAUGCUAAUGAGUGUGCUUUCGUCCUCUCCUCCUUCAGAUAGAAGCCUUGCAGCUUGUCUCACUUCAGGAAGUCCCUUUGCAUCAAAGAAGCACAUAAUACGUUGCUGUCACAAUAUCAAUGAUAAGAGCUUGGAGAAUGGACAUGAAUUAAAUUUUGAAGAUAAAUGCAGACGUAGGAUCAUUCUGUUCUUUUCUGCCUCAUCAGGCUUGUUUCAAACUUUGCCUUCUUUGGGAAAGACUAAGAGUAAGAACCCAUAUGAUGAAAGACGGUUGUUAGAGCAGAACAAACGGAUACAAAAAGAAAACAAUGCACCUCAAGACUUUCCAAAUUUUGUUAGAGAAGGUUUUGAGGUGAAAGUAGUGACAUCAGAGAAUUAUAUAAAGCGUGAAUCAGGGCUUAUUUACCGAGAUUUCGAAGUUGGUAAAGGUGAUUGCCCAAAGGCUGGUCAACAGGUGACUUUCCACUAUGUUGGAUAUAAUGAGUCAGGCCGUCGCAUUGACAGCACCUACUUACAAGGCUCUCCUGCCAAAAUCCGCAUGGGAACUAAUGCAUUAGUUCCAGGAUUUGAAGAAGGAAUUCGAGAAAUGAGACCUGGGGGGAAGAGGAGGAUAAUAAUUCCUCCAGAACUUGGACCGCCGGUAGGACCUUCCACAUUUUUCAGUUCAAAGCAAUUCGAAGUGUUUGAUGUGGAACUUCUCAGCGUCCAGGAUUGCCAAAGGAGGACUAUAGCAUUUUAUUCCGAUGUUGUAUGCAAUUGACAGGCUUUCCUUUUAUUUUCUCCGUUAAAUUUUUUAUUUAUUUUUUAUUUUUUUAUUUUUAUAUCUUGAGCUAACUGUUGUCUCACAGAGAUUUUGCUUGGAAAUUUGAAUCUCGAGUAUAUUUAUUGAACGCAAAUUAUUUCA